AAUCGUGACGUAAGACAUUGUUAAAGACUGUUAAAGACGUUAACAUAAACAAUUGUGUCGUGAGUUUAUAGACUGAUUUAUUGUUUAUAAUAAUUGUGUUAAACAAAUGAUAAUUUGUAGCUUCAAUAUUUAUUGUUGCUGGUUCAAUUUGAAAAAUGUCAAAUAAAAUGGGUGAUGAAGAUGCAACAUCAGUAAUUCGAAUGCUUAAUAGCUUCAGACGUUCAACUGAAAAUCGUAAUAGUGCACCAUCAUUACGUGUAUCAACAUCAGGAAUAACACCACCAUUAUCAAUGUCUAUGUAUAAUGACAGUAGUCUAGCAACACCAUCAAGUUUUAGAAAAAAUAGUAUAUCAUCAUCAACAUCAAUGAAUCAUACUAAUGAUAUACAUUCAUCAGUAACAAAAUCAUUUAUUGAUUAUAAUGAAUGUACACCACCAAAACGUCAAAAACUUGAUACUAAAAAUACAUCUGAAUCUAAUACAAAUGUACCAACAAGUCCAUGGGAAUGGAGACGUUUAAAGAGUGAAAAUUUAUCACUUCGUACACGUUUAUCACAUCAAGAAAUAACAGUACAAAAAUUACAUCAAAUAAGACGUGAAAUUGAUCAAGUAUUUGCUAAAGAAAAAAGUAUAUUAGAAAAUAAAAUUGAAAUGGAUAAAUCAACAAUUGAACAAUUAGAAAAACGUCUUGAAUUAGCUAGAAAAAAUACACAAGAAACACAAGAAUCAUUGUCAUUAGUUGAAAAUGAAUUAUUUCAAGUUAAAACAAAAAUGGAUCAUGAUAUAGCUGAAUUAACUAAAAAAAAUUCAUUAUUAAUUGAAGAAUUACGUCAUGCAAAUAAUAUGAUUAAUUCAUCAUCAUCAUCAUCAUCACCAAAACCAUCAAUUAAUGAUGAAACUGAAGAAUUAGAAUUAAAACUUGAAACAGCUGAGGAUAGAAUUGCUGAACUUGAAGAAAAAUUACGUGAACAUUUAAUGUCAAAAGAAGAUAUUGAAAUACAAAAAAUAACAUUACAAAAUGCAAAAUUAAAAAUUCAAAGUUUAGAAAAUGAACGUGCAUUAUGGGAAGAAGGUAAAGCAUUAACAGCACGUGCUGCACGUGCAAAUGAACUUGAAAGAGAAUUAAAUCAAGCACAUGAAAUGAUAUCAUCAAUGCGUGAAAUAGUAAAAGGUAAACUAUUACUUGAAGAACAAAUGUCAAAUUUAAAACAAAGAAUUGAACAUACUGAACAAAUUGAACAACAAGUUGCAACAUUAGAAGUACAAAAAAAUGAAUUAAUUAAUAAAUUAAAUGAAUAUGAAGCAAUUGGUAUUGGUAAUUGUCCAGGUGAUUUAAUGCGUGAAAUAAAUCGUCUUCAACAUUCUGAAGCUGUAUUAACAUCUGAAGAAGGUCAAUUACGUUCAAAAGUUGAUUCAUUACAACGUGAAAACCAAUUAUUACAAAAUAAAUUUAAUGAAACAAAUAAAAUUGCAACUGAUAUGACAACAUCAAGUGAUAGAUUAAAUAAACUUGUUGGUAGAUUACAAAAAAGAAUGUUAUUAGUUACAAGAGAACGUGAUAGUUACAGACAACAAUUGGAUCUUUAUGAAAAAGAAAUAUCAACAAAUGAUAGUACAAAUGCUAUUACUGAAAGAAUACCUGCAUUAGAAAAAUCACUUGAAGAUUAUAGAAAUUUAGUUACAAAAUUAGAAGAAGAUUUAAUUGCAAUAUCUGAUCCUGAAAUAAUUAAAUCAAAAGAUGAAUGUUUUAAAUUACGUGAAGAAAUAAAAAAACUUAAAGGAGAAUUAGAACAUCGUGCAUUAAAAGGUGAUUUUAAUUGUAAUGCUAAAAUUUUACAUUUUAAAAUGAAUCCAGCUGAAAUUGCAAGUCAAUUAGCUGAAGAUAAACAAAAAGCAUUACUUCAAGAAGUUGAAGAAUUACGAGCAAUGGUACAAUUGGGAAAUGCUGGAGUAUCUGGAAUUGCUAGUUCUUCUCUUUAUGCACAAGAUGUUGCAGAUUUAAAACAAACACAUGAAAUUAAAAUUGCUCGUCUAAAAGAAGCCUUCAAAGUAUCAUCACAAGAAUAUAGACAAGCUUGUUAUCAAUUAUUUGGCUGGAGAGUUGAUAGAACAAAAGAAGGAAGAUAUAAAUUAUCAAGUCAAUAUGCUGAAUCACCAGAUGAUUAUUUAUUUUUUCAAGUUGGUGAAGGAGUUGAUUUACUUGAGACAGCAUUUUCAGCAACACUUGGUGAGCUUAUUGAACGUCAUCUUCAAAUACAACAUAGUGUUCCAAUGUUUCUUAAUGCUGUACAAACAGAAUUAUUUUCACAACAAACAAUGAUCAGUGCUAUGACAUAAUUUUCUUAAUUUAAAAAAUAAUAUAUAAUCAUAAAAUAUUAAUAAGUUUAUACACGUAAAUAAUUUCAGUUAAAUUGAUUACUUAUUUUUUCUUUUUACAAUAUUUUUUUUCUUUUUUUUUUUACAUUAAAUAUUAGAGGGAUUCUCUGUUAUUAAUUAUUAUCUAUUAAAAAGGCAUUCUUUCUUAUGCAUCUAUUUAAUGAGCAGUUUUUUUUUAUUCAAUAUAACAGUAUGUAAAAAUAAUUUGAAAAAAUAAACUACGAAUAAUAUUAA